CUGAUAGUUGAUGCUUGAUCUUUCAAACGCUGGUGUUUGUCGUAGUAUUUGUCUCGUCCUUCAACUCACCAGAACUACUUUCUCGAGAGAGAGAGUAUAUGUAGUACUAUAUACUUCUUCAACUAUAUAUUUGUUCUUUGGUGAAUCAAGCAAACAUUUCAAGAACAUUUGGAGUAGAUAUUUUAAGGAGCCAGCAAGCUACAUUUAUCCUUCAUACAAAGAGCUCACUCACGGCCCUCCAAAGAGGAUUGCAAAUUUGAGUGCAUCAAUCUCAAGAAACUUGUAAUUGAGAAGGUUCUUCACUUUGUUUGUAGUGAAGCUUCCAGUAUAAUCAAGGAAAUAACCCUCAUUAUUAGGACAAGAGAAUCAGGCAUUGUUAAAUUUCAGUUUCCAAUCUUUUUUCCGAUGGAAAUGGAAGACCAAGGCGCAGAUUUCGUAUGUGUUUUUAAUGUCAAUUGGUUAACAUGGCUACGAUUGGCUAGAGAAUGGGAAAGAAAUCAUAAAAGAUCAUGGCGGAGUUUUCCGGAUCUAUCCAAGACAUCGUGCCCAACAGGGUGAGUGAAGAACAAAUGGUUGAGUAUCUGUUAUCUUGGGAACAAGAAGAGAAUAGGUAUGCUGAAAAUGCUGUAAGCCAAAAGUCAGCACGUCAGAAAGAAGCACUGGGAGAAUGCCAGUCGAAAAUGGCAGUCGAGAAAGAAAUAUUUGAUUCAGAAGAAAGAAGACAGCAGUUAGACGAAACUUUAAAGGAGGCAGCCAAGCAGAAGGAGUUAUAUGAAGGAGAAAACAAAAAAAACCUUGCCCUUCACGAAGAAAAUUUAAAGAAAUUUCAGGAAAACCAGAAGAAGCUAUAUGAUGCGCUAUCUAAGAAUGAGCAAAAGAAAGCCCAGUUAGUGGAGAAGAGAAGGCUAGAAGCGGAGAAGAAGUCUAAGGAGGCAGUUGGACAAGAUCUUGAAACUGAAAAUCAAAAGCUUAUCAAGGUUGAAAAAGAUAGGAUGGAAAAAGAAAGGAAGAUGCUUCUGAUUGCCCAAGAAAAACUCAAGGAGGAAGAAAACAAAGCAAUGGCAAAACUUAGGACUUUUCAAGAGGGAGUUAAAAAUGUACAAGAACGAACAAUUGCGACACAGCAGUCAGAGGUCGAGAAGGCUGCCAAGAAGCUAGCUGAGCACGAGCGUUAUCUUGCAAAAUUGAAAGAAAACGAAGCGGUUUACAUUCGUGAACAAGAGGAGAAGAAAAAAAGAGCUGACCAGGAAUUGGCAGAGCGAAGCCGACAAUCGAAGGAAAAUGAACAAGCGUUUGACAAAGAAACUACCGAUCAUAUCUUUGCUAGGAGAGAAGAGCAACAACGAAAGCGCGUCCAGGAAGAAGAGGCAAGAGAAGCAAUUGAGAGCGAGGCAGCGAAUUUAGAGCUUGAAAAAAUAAUCGAAUCAAAAGCACUCCACAAGAAAGAACUAAGUCAAAUCUUAUUAGACGAGAAACUAAAGUUAGAGGAAGAAAAAAGAAAACAAGCAGAGGAAGCUAAACUACAAUUCAAGAUUCAAAGAGAAGAUGCAGCGAAGUCGAGAAUGGAACAAGAAAAAGAUAUUUAUGUCAGAGAGAAAAGUAACAGACUGGAGAAGCUUUCAAAGCUUCAAAAUGAUUGGAAUCGUUACAUAGAAGAGUUGAAUGAAAGGGAAGCAGAGAAAUCACUACGCGAUGUAGAAAAGUUUCAAAUGUUUGAAGAAAAAAGAAAGGAGGAAGAAAAAAGGACUUUCGAAAUAGCUGAGAAGCGCAAAGAACAACAACAGAAACGCCAAAGAGAAGAAGAACAAGCACUAUUAAGUGCUCAACGUGAGAUGAAUUUGCAAGAAAACAAGAAGGUCGGUGUUCAGAGAUCACUUGAAGAAGCUCAACGGCUUUUAGCUUUGCAAGAAGAGCAUUUGAAGCAUGAGCAAAAGUUUAAAGAAGAGGCUAAAAAGAAUCGUCAAGAAAAACUCAAAGAACGAGAAGAAGCUGAAAGACUAAGGCUUGAAAAUGAGAGGCAAAAGAUUUUAGAUGCUGAAAGAUCGAAGAAAGAAAGCACUUCAGAGACGGCUCAAAGUAAUCAGGAGUUUUUGGAUCAACAAACCAAGCGUCUGAAAGAAAAGACCCAAAGGGAUGGCAAAAAAGAAAGACAACUUCAUGAAGAAAGACAGCAAGAAGAGGAAAAUAAGAGACUUGAAGCUGCUAGAAAAAGGAAAGAACAACUGUUACUUCACCAGAAUAACAUACAGGAGACGCAAGAACUGGAACAGAAAAUGUUAAUGCAAUCACUGAAAAACAGGAACGAAAUCAUCGGAGAGUGGGAUCAACAAGUGGAAGUUUAUGAAGAUUCGACUGGUUCAAAAUGCAGCAUAUUAUGAAACGACGAACUUAUACUUGCCAUAUUCACUCCCGAUAGAUAUGUUUUUAGGAUCGGAAUCGGAGUCAGAAGAGAAAAGAAAAUCUUUCAAUUCCGUUUUUAACGCGACUCCGAUGCCGUCCCAUUCAAUAGAGCAUAAAUACUUAUUCAUACUCUCUUGGUCCCAUUUUAAUGUGAAGGCCUCGUUAGAAAACAAUUAUACUCAGACAAUAUAAACAGUUUAUUUAAUCACGGUAAAUUAACCUAUCUUAUAUUUUGACAAUGCUAAUUAUACUUAAAUGUUAUUAUGCUCUUCAAGUUUUGUAGUUUUGUUUAAAAACGAAGUAAUUUACGCACAAUUCGUGGAUCCCAACUCGUGUACAAUCGUUGGCUAAGCCAUAAUUAAAAUAUACAUUUUAAUCUGA